UCGUCUCGUUUCCGUCUUCGCUCUGUUUCAUCGAGGUUAUAUGUGUCUCUACUCUACCUCAGAUUAUAUUUGUAGUUUUCUCUUCAGCUGAAUCUGUUUUUUACCGUCACUCAGACAGUGAUUGACAGCUGAGGGGGCGGAGCCAGCAGAGAGGACUUCAGAAGGCAGCCAUGUUGGUUCUGGUCUGGUUAUUGAUCUUGAUGAUGAAGAUGAACAGUGAGGGUGUAUCUGCAGAGACCGUCACAGCACACAGCGGGGGGGCCGUCCUGCUGUCCUCACACCUGCAGGUGUUGAAGAGCAGACAGGACGUCAGGUGGACUCACCCUCACCUGGUGAUGUCACUGAGGAGCAACGUGACCACGUGUCACCACGGACGCUGCCAGCUGCUGAGCGACGGCUCACUGAGAUUCAACGGCGUUCAGACCGCCGACGCAGGAAGGUACGGCCUGGAAGUGUUUGAUGAAGAUGGGAAGCUCCUGGUGAAGAAGCACUUCCUGCUGCGAGUGGAGGAAUCAGAAGCUACACAUACAAGGAAUUUGGAUAGCAGCAGCAGUAUGGUGGCGUCUGUGUUGGUCUGCUGCUUCCUCCUCCUGCUGCUGCUGCUCUUCAUCAUCCUCUUCUUCCUCAAGAGGAGGAGGAGCCAGAGGACGAGGACAGCAGGUCCUUUGGAGGAAAAUGUUUAUGUGGUGAUGCAACGUCACCAUGGCAACAAGAGCAAAAAUGAGGAGGAGGAGAAGCAGGAGUCUAAUUAUGUUUCCUGUAAUCCUGUCGUUUCCAUGGAAACACCAAUCACAGAGCAGAUGUCUGUGGAUGAAGACAUCUACGUGUGACGGCCAAUCAGAGCUCAGCUUGUCUUCAGCGUGCUCUGCCUCACCUGGACACGACUCACCUUCAGUUUUCAGCCACCGUGUUCUACCUGUUCAUGUUUCAGUUAUGAUUUUGAUAAACAAUAAAGUGAACUUGUACG